AGUUCUCAGAGGGAAUUGAGCACCCAGCAGCAGUCUCAGGCCAAGCCCCCUGCCAGCAUGGCCAGCGAGUUCAAGAAGAAGCUCUUCUGGAGGGCAGUGGUGGCCGAGUUCCUGGCCAUGACCCUCUUUGUCUUCAUCAGCAUCGGUUCUGCCCUGGGCUUCAAAUACCCAGUGGGGAACAACCAGACGGCAGUCCAGGACAACGUGAAGGUGUCGCUCGCCUUCGGGCUGAGCAUCGCCACGCUGGCGCAAAGCGUGGGCCACAUCAGCGGCGCCCACCUCAACCCAGCUGUCACACUGGGGCUGCUGCUUAGCUGCCAGAUCAGCAUCUUCCGUGCCCUCAUGUACAUCAUCGCCCAGUGCGUGGGGGCCAUCGUCGCCACCGCCAUCCUCUCAGGCAUCACCUCCUCCCUGCCUGGGAACUCGCUUGGCCGCAAUGACCUGGCUGAUGGCGUGAACUCGGGCCAGGGCCUGGGCAUCGAGAUCAUCGGGACCCUCCAGCUGGUGCUAUGCGUGCUGGCUACUACCGACCGGAGGCGCCACGACCUUGGUGGCUCAGCCCCCCUUGCCAUCGGCCUCUCUGUAGCCCUUGGACACCUCCUGGCUAUUGACUACACCGGCUGUGGGAUUAACCCUGCUCGGUCCUUUGGCUCCGCGGUGAUCACACACAACUUCAGCAACCACUGGAUUUUCUGGGUGGGGCCAUUCAUCGGGGGAGCCCUGGCUGUACUCAUCUAUGACUUCAUCCUGGCGCCACGCAGCAGUGACUUCACAGACCGCGUGAAGGUGUGGACCAGCGGCCAGGUGGAGGAGUACGACCUGGAUGCCGACGACAUCAACUCCAGGAGCUUCCUGGGGACCAAGAUUUACCAAUUAACUCACUCCCUUGAAGUCGUGGAGGAGGUGAAAGAAAGGGACCCACCUGCUAGUCGCCCCCUCAGAGUGUGAUGGGAGGUGUGCCACAAAGUCCCCCCUCGCCCCAAAGUUGCUCACCGACUCACCUGCGCACAUGCCUGGGAUUCUACCAUAAUUGCUUUGUGCCUUUGGGCACGGCCCUCCUUCUUCUCCUAACACGCACCUUGCUCCCAGUGGUGCUUGGAGGGGGAAGAGAUCCCAGGAGGUGCAGUGGAGGGGGCAAGCUUUGCUCCUUCAGUUCUGCUUGCUCCCAGGCCCCCGACCCGCUCGGACUUACUGCCUGACCUUGGAAUCGCCCCUAUCUCAGGGCCUCAGCGACCUCCUUCUGCAAAGUGGCAGGGACUGGCAGAGCUCUACGGGCCUGCAGCCCCCAAGUGCAGACACAGUAUGGGUCCAGAAGACAUGGUCUAGACAAGGGCUGCUCUUUCCACUUGCCCUGUGUUCUUUCCCCAGGGGCAUGGCUGUCGCCACACGCCUCUGUGUACAUGUGUACAGAGCAGACAGGCUACAAAGCAGAGAUCGACCGACAGACAGCCAGGUAGUUGGAACUUUGUGUUCCCUAUGGAGAGGCUUCCCUACACAGGGCCUGCUGUUGCAGAAUGAAGCCAUUUAGAGGGUGAAGGAGGAAUACGCAUGUUACUUCUCUGAGUUUUAGUUGGUCUUUCCAUCUAUCACUGCAUUAUCUUGCUCAUUCUUUCACUUCUCUACUCCCUCUGGUCAGUGUAGACACAGGUCACCAUUAUGCUGGUGUAUGUUUAUCAAAGAGCGCUUGAGCUGUCUGAAGCCCAAAGCCUGAGGACAGAAAGACCCUGAUGCAGGUCAGCCCAGGGAGGCAGAUGCCGUUGCUGGGCCUGGGGGUUUUCCAAGCCCUCAGCUGGUCUUGAGCAGGAUGGAGCAAGCUCUUCUCUUGCUCAUGAGCUCCUGAUCAGAGGCAUUUGAGCAGCUGAGUAACCUGCACAGGUUUGCUGUGUGACCCCUGGCCACAGCCUUCCCUCUGCAUUGACCUGGAGGGGAGAGGUCAGCUUUGACCUGAUAAGGUAGCUAUAGUUGCAGCCCAAGGACAGUUCAGAGAUCAGAAUCAGCUUUGAAGGCUGAAUUGUAUCUACAUAAGUCCAUUCAAUUCCACCAGGGCCAGAGCAGCUCCACCACUGUGCACUUAGCCAUGAUGGCAACAGAAACCAAGAGACACAAUUACGCAGGUAUUUAGAAGCAGAGGGACAACCAGAAGGCCUUUAGCUAUAACCAGUGCAUCACAUCUGCUCACUCUCUCCUCCAUUCCCUAGCAGGAACUUCUGGCCCAUUUAAUAGAUAAAGAAACUGAGGCCCGCGGUUUCAGCUAGACAAUGAUUUGGCCGGCCUAGUAACCAAGGCCCUGUCUCUGGCUACUCCCUGGACCAUGAGGCUAAUUCCUCUCAUUUCCAGCUUCUCAGUUUCUGCCUGGGCAGUGGCCAGGGGCCAGGAGUGGGGAGAGUUGUGAUGAAGGGGAGAGGGGGCACACCCACCUCCUGCCUGGUUCUAGGCUGCUGCACACCAGGGCCCUGCAUCUGUCUGCUCUGCAUAUAUGUCUCUUUGGAGUUGGAAUUUCAUUAUAUGUUAAGAAAAUAAAGGAAAAUGACUUAUAAGGUC